AUGGCCGAAAAUCAACCGGCAGCAAACGUUUUUGCCGAUAAACAAGAGCUAGGCAGAGAGUCCAACAAAAAGGCCUACCGUGAUCUUACCAGCCAAAACAAGAGUAAAAAGAACAUCAAAAAAGGUUACGAGUACGAAUCACAGCAGUGGGACAGUGAUGAAAUUCCAGCGACCGAGCGCGACUUGGCCGACGACGCGCCCUGGAAGCAAAUCCAGAAGAACACCUUCACCAGAUGGUGCAACGAGCAUCUCAAAGUCGCCAACAUGAGACUCAACGAUCUGGGCACAGACCUGUCCGACGGUUUGCGGCUCAUUGCGCUCAUCGAGGUCCUCUCGCAAAAACACGUCGGAAAAUUCAACAAACGGCCAACUUUUAGACAAAUGAAGAUGGAAAACGUAGCCCUCGCUUUGGAGUUUUUAGAAAGCGAGCGAAUCAGAUUAGUGUCGAUCGACGCCCAAGCUAUAGUCGACGGCAACCUCAAGUUAAUAUUGGGUCUGAUAUGGACCCUUAUUCUUCACUAUUCCAUAUCGAUGCCGAUGUGGGAGGGAGAAGAAGAAGGUGCCCAGGACCUUACACCGAAGCAACGUCUCCUUGGCUGGAUCCAAAACAAAAUCCCUCAAAUUCCUAUUACAAAUUUCUCCAGAGAUUGGCAAGAUGGUCGAGCUCUUGGUGCUCUUGUUGACAACUGCGCUCCAGGCCUGUGCCCUGAAUGGGUCGAAUGGGACCCUCAGAAUCGCGUUGAAAACGCAACCACAGCCAUGGGCCUUGCCGAAGAGCAUUUAGGCGUGGCUCAGGUCAUCGCGCCGGAAGAAAUUACCAACCCUCAUGUUGAUGACCAGUCGGUUAUGACCUAUUUGUCGCAGUUCCCCAAUGCGAAGCUCGUCAAAAACGCUCCUCUUCGCAACAAAACCGAUCCCAAAAAAGCUCGAGCGUACGGCAAAGGUGUCACUGCAACCGGCAACAAGGUCGGUGAACCAGCUCCUUUCACCGUUGAUACUGCCUCCGCUGGCACCGGCGACGUCCUUGUUUACGUUCAGGACCCUGCUGGUCAUACAGAGGAAGUAGCUGCAGUUGCCAAUAACGAUAAGAAUAAGACCUACUCUGUCGUUUAUCAUCCCCAGCUCCCUGGCCAACAUCAAGUCACAGUCCUUUUCUCUGGAAAGGACAUCAACAAGAGCCCAUUUGUCGUCGACGUAGCAGACUCCCCUCCCUGCCCAGACCAAGUCAUCGCGAAGGGUCCUGGUCUUGAAGCUACAGGAAACAUCGUCAGCAGAGAAACCCAUUUUGAAGUCUUCACUGCUGGUUGUGGAAUUGGCGAGCUCGAGGUUGUCAUUCUUGAUCCAAAUGGUGCACCUAGUGUUAUUCCUGAUGUCUUCCCGACUGGCCCCGGAAGUUUCUCAGUAAAAUACAUUCCCCAACAACAAGGACCUCAUAACGUGCAAAUCCUCUUCGGUGGCGGCCACAUCCGACACUCCCCGUUCAACGUCCAAAUUGACCUCCCCUUUAACCCUCAAGCUGCCUGGGCGGAAGGACCUGGCCUUGCUCCAGAAGGACUUAUUGUUCGCGAUCAAGCAGCCUUCGUUGUUCACACAGAAGAAGCUGGAAGCGGCCAACUUGAUAUUCGAAUCAUUGGUCCACGGGGUAUCUCUGAACCAGUAAACAUUGUUGACAACGGUGACGGAACUUACUCCUGCGAUUACGUUCCGCUCAAAGCUGGCCAAUACAACGUAGCGAUUUCAUACAGUGGUAAGCCUAUCAACGGAAGUCCUUACGUCGUCAUCGUGGAUCCUGCUCCAGAUGCGGGCGCGGUCCGGCUUUCCGGACCGGGUCUUCAGCCUGGAAACAUUGCUGGAAAUGAAGCUUGGUUCGAACUCGACUUUGCUAAUGCUGGAAAAGGCGAGCCAUAUGUCGAAGUCAUCGGCCCGAAUGGCCAGGAAGUGCCCAUUCAGGUGGAAGAGCUCGGUAAUGGAAAGAUUCGCGUUACUUACCAGCCCAAGGAAAAGGGAACAUAUCAAGUGAACGCGACUUUCGCCGAUGUUCUUUGCCCUGGUUGCCCCCUUGCCGUCGAUAUUCUUCCAGCAUUCGAUGCAAGUAGUUGCCGAGCAUAUGGUCGAGGUCUUCAGCCCCGUGGCGUUCGAAUCAACGAAAAAGCUGACUUUUAUAUCAACACCACUGGUGCGGGAGAGGCAGACCUGAAAGUUAACAUCAUCGGUCCCCGAGGCAACCCAGAGCCUGUUGAGAUGCACCAAGACCCGAACGGAAGCGAAUAUUCUUGUGCUUACUAUCCAAGACGAGAAGGAAAGUACCAAAUUUCCAUCACAUUUGGUGGGCAAGAUAUCGCUAAAUCACCGUUUGUCGUUUUCGUUGGAGGAGAAGCUGGCCCACAACAAGUACGAGCUUUUGGACCUGGUCUUCAUGGCGGCAUGGUUGGUCACUCUGCUGACUUUGUUGUGGAGUCGAUCGGUGAUACCGUCGGCCAGCUCAGCUUUUCUAUUGAGGGCCCAUCUCAUGCUCAAAUCGAGUGCGAAGAUAAGCAAGAUGGAAGUUGUGACGUCAGAUACUUCCCAACGGAGGCUGGAGAAUACGCCGUACACGUCAUCUGCGAUGACGAGGAUAUCAAAGACUCACCAUUCAUGGCGCUUAUUCAACAGAACGAUCCCAGACUAAAAGCUGCUCAGUGCUCUGCUUAUGGACCCGGCUUGGAAACUGGUGUUCCUGUUGUGGGACAACCAGCGGAAUUCACUGUUGACGCAAGAGGUGCUGGAAUGGAAGCUCCGAUCAAAAUCUACGCGAAGGAUUCUGAUGGAAAUGACGUCCCAGUCCAAGUUGUCGAUAACAAUGAUGGAACCUACACCUGCAUCUACAUCCCCGAAAAAUCAGCGAAACAUACCAUCAUUGUCGCCAUUGGAGGAAUCAACAUCCCAAAGUCGCCAUGGAGAGUACUUGUGCAAGAAGACAGUCGCCCAGAAAAUGUUCGCGUUUAUGGGCCCGGUGUCGAGCCAAAUGGUCUCAAGGCAGAUGAACCAACCUAUUUCACUGUUGACUGUACUGACGCUGGUCUUGGCGAUGUCAGCAUCGGGAUCAAGUCUGCUCCAGGUGUCACUGGAGUGACCGAUGAGGAUAUGGACUUCGAUAUCAUCAAGAACGAUAAUGACACUUUCACCGUUCGUUGGCAUCCGCCAAGUGCUGGGCUUUACACAAUCCAAGUACUUUUCGCUGACCAAGAAAUUCCUGGCGCACCGAUUGAUGUGACUGUCAGUCCCAAUCAUGACGCAUCCAAAGUCGUCGCUGAUGGACCUGGUCUUCUUCCGAAGGGUGUUGAAGCUGAAAAACCAACGAACUUUACCAUCUACGCUCGAGGAGCUGGAAAAGGAAAUCCGGAAGUUGCUGUUGUUGAUGCUCACGGUCGUCCAAUUGCAGAAGCUGUUGUCACUCCAAAUGGUGAUGGCAGUUACAAUGUUCAGUACUGUCCAACUGCUGAUGGUCCUGCCCAAGUUCAUGUAUCCUACGGAGGCGAUCCAGUCCCCAAUUCCCCCUUUAACAUCAGCGUCGCACCUGCUUUGAACAUCUCGAUGGUCCAGGUUCACUCGAUGCUUGAAUCUUGUUUCGUUCGCGAAGAACAGACUUUCGAAGUUUAUACUACUGGAGCUGGAGGACAAGGACAGCUUACAUGCAAGAUUACUUCGCCAUCCCGAAAGCAGAUCUACUGUCAAAUGCACGAGACUGAAAAUGGCUACGAAAUCUCCUUCACUCCAAGUGAAGAAGGAACUUAUCGAAUUGACAUCGAGUACGAUAGAAUUCCUAUCAAUGGCUCACCAUUCCAUAUUGAAGCUCAACUUCCUCCAGAUCCAUCAAAGGUCAAAGCUCAGGGAGCUGGCCUUUCUAGAGGUGAAGUUGGCGAGCCUGCUGCAUUCUCCAUCAACACUCAGGGUGCUGGCAACGGAUCUUUGGGACUCACUGUUGAAGGACCUUGCGAGGCCAAAAUCGACUGCAUCGAUAAUGGCGAUGGAAGCUGUUCUGUCACUUACUUACCCACGGAGCCCGGAACUUACCAAAUCAACAUCUUAUUCGCCGAAGAACACAUUCCCGGAAGUCCAUUCUCCGCCUAUGUUAAGCCCGCUUUUGACCCUUCAAAGGUCGUUGCAUCCGGUGAUGGUCUCGAGGAAGCCAAAGUUAGCGAAGUCAGUACUUUCCAGAUUAACACCACGAAAGCUGGCAAAGGCGAGAUCUUCGUCGAGGUCAUCCAAUCUGAUGGUUCCCAGCUCAAGGUCGAUUUGACCUCGCACGGCGGCAUCUACACUGCAUCCUACGUGCCCACCAAGCCUGGCCAGGCUGUCGUCAACUUGUCAAUGGGCGGUCAAAUGGUUGACAACUUCCCAAGGGCUGUCAACGUCAAACCCAAAAUUGACACGUCUUCUAUCAGAGUCUUUGGACCAGGUGUUGACGGAGUAAGCCCUGUUUUCGUCGAUGUUGAGGCCGAGUUUACAAUUGACUGUCGCCGAGUCGCUCCUCAAGGUGGCGAUUUUAUUGAUGCGUCAAUUACUGGCCCAAGUGGCAUUCCUAGCGCCGUUAGACUGACUGACAACCAUGACGGCACGUACAGCGCGCGAUACAUCGCUUACGAGCGUGGAGAACAUAACUUGUCCGUUUUAUUCCAAGAAGUGCCUGUUCCACGUCAACCAUUCAGUGUCAAUGUUACUGAUGGAUGCGACGCACGACGAGUCAAGGCUUAUGGCCCUGGAUUAGAACGUGGUACCACUCGACAAGCCGCUUUGUUUACUGUCGAUACACGAGGCGCCGGUACUGGAGGCAUGGGUCUUGCAAUUGAAGGCCCUUCUGAUGCGAAAAUUCGAUGUGUUGAUAACAAAGAUGGAACCUGUACUGUUGAGUACUUCCCAGAACAACCUGGUGAGUAUGAAAUCUUCAUCACUUAUGGUGGCGAAGCAAUUCCAGGCAGUCCUUACUCCGUGCUUGUUUCUGACAAGGUCGAUCCCUCGAAGGUGCGCCUCAGUGGUGAUGGUAUUGACGAUGUUGUUCGAGCAAACGUAAAGUCUGCAUUUACGAUCGACUGCACCCAAGCUGGCGUUGCUCCACUUGAGACCACUGUCCGAGGACCAUCAGGACAUACCCGAGUCGAAAUAAUUGAGAAGAGCAGCCAAAUCUAUCAGGCUUGCUACACCGCUCAGGAAAUCGGUAUUCACGAGGUGACUGUCAAGUACGCCGGUGAAACCGUACCAGAAACUCCCCGACGAGUAAAUGUCCUGCCUCAAUAUGAAGCCAAUAAGGUCAAAGCAUCCGGUGCUGGUCUCAAUAAUCAGGGCGUUCCAGCCUCCAUUCCCGUCGAAUUCACGAUUGACGCCACUGACGCUGGCGAAGGUCAUCUGUCUGUCAGAAUUACCGACCCAGAAGGCAACGACAAGAAGGCGUCGAUCAAUGACAACCAAGAUGGCACUUUUACCGUGAAAUACGUGCCAGACAUGGUCGGCAGGUACACGAUCGACAUCUGCUACGGUGGCGAUGGAAUUCCAAACAAUCCUUUCCCCGUUCGCGCUGUGCAAUUCGGCGAUGCCAACAGAUGUACUGUCUCCGGAUCUGGAAUUCAAGAACGAAUCCAGGUCAACAAGGAAGUUUCUUGCAGUGUUAACACCGCUCAAGCUGGUACCGCCAAAGUCACUGGUUCCGUCAUUGCUCCUUCCGGUCAGUUUGUCGAGUGCGAUGUUUUCGAAAAUGGUGACAGUACCUUUGAUGUUUUCUACACGGCAACUGAAGUUGGAGAACAUCAAGUUAACCUCCGAUACGGCGGUCAGCAUAUUCGAGGAUCUCCUUUCUACGUUUCUGCUGAACAACUUGGAGUAACUGGAUCUCUCUACCCAGCUAAUGACUUCCGUCAAUUUGACAUGUGUCUUCCCGUUCACUACGAGUCUCAAGUUACUGGUCUCGUCACCAUGCCUUCUGGAGCCACCUGCCCGCCUCAGAUUAUCGAUAACGGUGAUGGAACUUGUACCGUCAAGUACCAGCCCACUGAAGCCGGUCUUCAUGAGAUGGCAAUUUACCAGAAUGGAGUCCACAUCAAUGGCUCUCCACUGAACUUCUACGUAGAUGCCUAUGAAUCUGGUCACGUCACCGCUUACGGACCUGGUCUUAGCUACGGUCGAUGCAACGAGCCUUGUCCCUUUACCAUCGUUACUGAGCGCGCUGGAGCUGGAAACCUUGCUCUCUCAUGCGAAGGACCUUCAAAGGCUGAAUUCUCUUGCGUGGAUAACAAGGAUGGAACCUGCUCCGUUGAAUAUCUUCCAACUGCACCAGGCGAAUAUAAAAUCCACGUCAAGUUCGCUGACGAGCAUAUUCCUGGCUCACCCUUCAUGGCGCAUGUUACUGCUGGUGCAAAUGCUCAAGCUAGCUACGGAAGCCUCUCUGAGAUUCCUCUUCUUUUGAAUGAAAGCGAUUUGACUCAGCUUGACUGCACUCUUCGAGCACCGUCCGGGAAAGAAGAACCAGUCAAGCUGCGACAUCUUUCAAACGGCGGUGUUGGAAUUUGUUUCACUCCAAAACAAGUCGGCGAGCACCUUAUCUUCGUCAAAAAGCGAGGCAAAGAUGUUCAAAACUCUCCUUUCCGAGUUUUCGUCAGCCAAUCUGAAGUCGGAGACGCUGGCAAGGUUCGUGUUUACGGACCUGGCGUUGCAAAAUCUGUCGCUACUAUGGAGCUGGCUGAGUUUUUCGUAGAUACAAAGAAUGCUGGUUAUGGUGGUCUCGCUCUCUCGGUUGAAGGCCCUUCAAAGGUUGAUAUCAACUGUGAAGACCGUGAGGACAAUGAGUGCCGAGUCACUUACAUGCCACAAGAACCGGGCGUCUACCAGAUCAAUGUCAAAUUUGCAGAUCGCCACGUGACCGGCAGUCCAUUCACUGUUCGCGCUGACGGCCAGGGAAAACUCAAAGAAUCAAUCGUCCGACAUAGAAAGGCCGCUCAAGCUGCUCAAGUCGGCAACACUUGCGAUUUGAAUUUGAAAAUUCCAAACAUGAGUGUUGCAGAUUUGACUGCAUCGGUAAUUUCGCCAUCAAAUAAGACCGAAGAAGCGCAGAUCAUCGAAACUGAAGAGUCUAAUUACUCCAUUCGCUUUGUCCCAAGAGAAACCGGUAUUCAUACCGUGAAUGUUCUCUACCGGGGCAAUCAUGUACCUGGCUCCCCCUUCAACUUCACCGUCGGUGAAAUGACAUCUGGAGGUGCUAACAAAGUCACCGCUACCGGCCCUGGACUAGAACAUGCUCUUAUCAACAUCCCAGCCGAGUUUUCGAUCUGGACACACGAAGCUGGAGCUGGUGGGCUUUCCAUUGCCGUGGAAGGACCUUCCAAGGCUGAGAUCAACUUUGAGGACCGAAAAGAUGGCUCAUGUGGUGUUCACUACCUCGUCUCUCAGCCAGGCGAUUACGAAGUCUGCGUGAAAUUCAACGAAGAUCACAUUUCCGGCUCUCCUUUCCCGGUUACUGUAACUGAUGGUGCACCACCAAAAUCAGACGCUUCAAAAGUUCGAGCUUCUGGAAAGGGUCUUGUCGCCCCGAAAAUGGGCCCUGACAACGAGUUCCAUGUCAACGCUGACAAAGCUGGUAAAAACGUGCUUAUGGUCGGCAUCAUCGGUCCUAACAGUCCCUGCGAAGAAGUGAUGAUCAAACAUCUUGGCCAGCGCGAAUACAAUGUCACUUACACCGUAUUAGAGCCAGGAGACUACGUUCUCGUCGUCAAAUGGGGCGAUGAGCACAUUCCUGGCUCGCCUUUCCAUGUGAAUGUUCCGUAA